UCAGGAUGUGAUGGUAUGUUCCGGUCAUUUAAUAGCACUCUCAGAACGCUAAUGCUGGCAUUCUGUGAAUGGUAGUGUAUGGCAGGUGUAAUCAUAAACACUGCAUGAUAUGACACAUCACUGGAUUUGCUGACGCAUUACCUGGCUUAAGGUCCACUCCAUAGAGCUGGCCUAUCGCUGUCAUUGCGUCAUCCAUCCAACACAGGAUAACAAGGACUCAGAAUGUUCAACACAAAGAGGUUGAAGAAAAAGUCCCAGUCAGUGGACAUCCCUGAUGAGGGUUAUGCCGGUUCAUUCGUCAAAGACCUGCUGGCGUCGCCCAUCAUACAGAAUAUGACCAGAACAGCCAUAAGAGAAGAAAAGGAGAUCAAUACCAGCAACAUCCAGAAGGCUCGUAGUCCUCGACGUGGAGAGCUCAAGCGAGGUUAUACCUUAGACACCGGGCAGAAAAAGAGUGCGCUGGAGAGGAAAGAUGUUCGGAGGAUAUCCUUCCAGAGGCCCAAAGGCACCAUGGAGUAUGUGGUGGAGUCCCGGGACACACUCAACAGCAUUGCGUUGAAGUUUGACACGACUCCUAACGAGCUCGUCCAGCUCAACAAACUCUUCUCUCGCGCUGUGGUCCCUGGCAAGGUUCUGUAUGUCCCUGACCCAGAAUACAUCUCCAGUGCGGACAGCUCGCCCUCCCUCAGUCCCAUCAGCCCCCUCUCCCCCACCUCUUCAGAGGCUGAUCUGGAGAAGGCCACCACAGACUCAGAUGAUGUCCACCGGAGACACAGUACCCAUGGCCUGGGUCACGGGCCUCCUCGACCAGCCAGAGUGGUGUCGUCCACCUCCGAGGAGGAAGAGGCACUUACAGAAAAGUUCCUUAAAAUGAACUGCAAAUACAUCACAGAUGGCAAGGGUAUAGUAAGUGGUGUUUUGCUGGUAACCCCGAACAACGUCAUGUUUGACCCUCAUAAGUCAGACCGGCUGGUGCAGGAGCGAGGAUGUGAGGAGUACGGGAUCAUGUGCCCGCUGGAAGAGGUGCAGUCUGCAGCCAUGUGCAGGGAGAUCACCGACAUCAGGGUCCGAGAGCUUGUGCCACCAGAUCUAGAGCUUGAGCCUUCAGUACCUGAGGUAAGCCAUCUCAAGAGAACGCCACGUCCUAAUGCAGGCGAUACGGCACACCGAAUCCGUGAGACGGGCAAUGACAGUGCCAGUACGGCCCCUCGUAGCACGGAAGCUUCUCUAUCCGAAGACGUUUUUACUGAGUCAGAACUUUCUCCAGUCCGUGAUGAUGCCCUCGCAACAUCUUCUGACGAGCUGCAGCAGAUAAAGUCCUCUGGUGCGUCUUCUGAAUCGGUGCAAACCAUCAACCAGGCCGCCACAACCACUGAAGAACCUUUAAUGUCUGACCAAAAGGAUGUAAAAGAAGCUGUACAAAAUGCAGGAACUGAGGGAAGAGGAUGGAGGGAUAGUGGCAUUGAGCAGAGUCUGAAUACCUCAGAUUUAUACAAUGAGGUGCUGUCUGAGAACGUUCUGGAGAAUGUGAUGAGGGACCAACCUGCAGAUGAGGUCAAAUCACGCACCACAUCUGAGUCGCUUUGUUCGGACACUGUGGCUGUUGAGGAUUUUGCAAAAGCCCUUGAGUCACAGAAGAGUACUGAAGCUCAGACUAUGCAAUCGACCAGUGAUAUGAAGGAAGGAGAACAAAGGAUGCCCGGUGACUUCACACCAACCUAUGAGCUUGGAGCAGAUGAGGGACAGAGUGCAGAGGAAGUUGUGCCGGGGUCCGAAGGCAAGCAGAAGUCCAAGUUGCACAAGUUCCUGUGCCUGCGUGUUGGCAGGGCCAUGCGGAAGACCUUUGUUUCCCAUGCCAGUGCCUCCAUGUUGCAGUACGCCCAAAGAGACAGGAAGCACGAGUACUGGUUCGCAGUUCCUUCUGAGAGGUCAGACCACCUGUAUGCGUUCUUUGUCCAGUGGACCCCUGAUGUGUACGGGGAAGGGCUGGGCGGAGUGACCCGGGAGCCUGGGUUUGUAGUGGUUAAAAAGAACCAGGAUGCUGAAAGUGGGGAGCACGACAAACCAGUGCCUGAUAUCACAUUCAAGGACUGGGAGGUAGUUUCUGUGAGUGAGUACUACCGACGGAUAGAUGCGCUAAAGAGUGAGGACCUGCGCUCGCUCUGCAAACGUCUUCAGAUCACAACCAAGGAAGAGGUGAACGCCAAACACGUGGUGAAGAGUGACCCAGACCCCGAAUCAUUCAGACCCAGUCUGAAUGAGCCCAGUGACCUGCUGCAACCCGAUCAGAUCGAGAAGCUGGCCAAGCACCUCCCACCCAGGACAAUCGGAUAUCCCUGGUCCCUGGCAUUCAGCACGUCCAAACACGGCAUGAGCAUCAAGAGCCUGUAUCGCACCAUGCAGGGCCAGGACUCCCCAGUUCUCAUGGUGAUCAAGGACAGCGAUGGACAGCUGUUUGGAGCUCUCGCUUCAGAGCCAUUUAAAGUCAGUGAUGGCUUCUAUGGCACCGGAGAGACCUUCGUUUUCAGCUUCUGUCCAGAAUUAGAGGUUUUCAAGUGGACUGGUGACAAUAUGUUCUUCAUCAAAGGAGAUCCGGAUUCCUUAGCUUUUGGUGGUGGAGGAGGUGAAUUUGGCCUGUGGUUGGAUGGCGACCUCUAUCAUGGCAGAACUCACUCGUGUAAGACCUUUGGAAAUCCAAUGCUCUCGAAAACAGAGGACUUCUAUGUGCAGGACAUUGAAAUAUGGUCCUUUGAAUAACACCCCCCUUCCCCCCACCUCACGGACUCGGUACAAAUUACAAAGGGGUUACGAGGCCACAACACUAGACCCCUAUAAAGAUUGUACACCCUCCACUUGGCUCCUAAGAAGCCCUGAUAGAGGCAGAGCAGAUAUACAGUGUACAUUGCACUUAAUUUCUGGAAACGGUCAGCAUGGGUGGGUCUUCCUCACUGGUGUCCCAAUGAAAGUUUCAUAUGAACACAUAUUAUUUACCCAUUUGCAGCCUGAGGUCCUCUAGACUUGAGGAUUAGGAAGGGCGCUAAUGGUUGUUCUAGAAUGUUUCCUUAAGAAAUGUAGCUCCAGACCUUGCCAGGAGUCAUAAAACAUUGGGGUUUAAGUCCUACUACCUUCAUCACCUGUAGCAUUGCAUCCAUUUCAAGCACUUCUCCAAUAUCUUAGCUCAAAACCCCUGUUAUUAAAAUGUCUCGUCUGUGCACUCACACAGGCUCUAUAUAACCAAACACCACUACUUAAUGUAAUAUUCAGUACCGUGUUGCUGUAAAAAUGUGGUGUAACAUGCAAAUUAACGUGUGGUGCCCUUUUCAUAUCAAUAUGCUUUCCUGUAAAUCCUUUGUUCUGUCUGGGAGUGCUGUAGUUAUGCCAGCAGAAACGUGUACAUCUUUUAGGAAGCCUUUCUGGGGGGCGGGGCAUCUGAAGGAAUAUAUAUACAUAUAUAAAUACAUAUAGCAAUUAUAUAUUUAUACCUUUACUAGUGUACUGUGUACAUAACUACUUCCCAUAUUGCUGUUAAGUGUGACAGUGAUAUGGUUUGCGCUACUGUCCUUGAAGUAUAAUCUCAGUUGUACAUUUUCUUGUAAAUUUGUUCCAAUAAAUAAAUUUCUGUAUGCACACGACAUUAACGCUAAUCCAAUGUUAAAGUGGAGUUGUUGGCGGGGAGUUUUCAUCAGGUAACCAGUCUCUUGAGACUGGCUCUUCUCGUCAGUGGUAACCUGGGAGCCAUAUAUAAGGUGACCUGGGCGUUGGAGGGUGAUGAAAUGACUGGUGCAAGCAGAGCCAGCCUCCUGGGCUUAUGGAUGACUGCUGUCAGUGAUAAUGAGAAAGCCUGUUACUGCAAUAUUUACAAAGAGUCACACAAAGAGGCACCUCGACACACAAGUUGCAGAAAAACACAGGAAAUUGAUGGGGAAAUGGCUCUUUUAGCAGUAUUAUGAUUUGAAGUUUAAGCGGAGAGAUGCCAAUUUCUCAUUGUGGCCAGCUGAAAACAUGCCCAAACAUUUGACCCGACUGUGCGCGUCUGUUGUCAGAGCAGGCUUUGUGCUGUGAAGGUCUGAUGCUCUCUGCAUGACGUGGGAUUGUAGAGCUGAAGGACUCGGACGCCCCUCCGGGGCCACCUGCACAUUUCUGGUCUUUCAGUAUUUGAUGGCCGUGUGGAAGCUCAAAGAAAUGUCAUUAAUCCCCUCAAAGAUCCCUGACGGAUUAUGUAUCAAUGUAUUAAUCACAAUAAAGUCUAUGUAAUAAUGGUG